AUGCUGAGGCUUCUCCGUGGCGUAUUUGUAGCGCUAGGAGCUGAGGUGCUUGCAGGUACGCUUUCACCAGCCAUGGCGGCCGUCACUGCCCGCCGCCUCCUUGCAUGCGCGCCUCCGGUCUUCCUGUGCGCGGCCUGCUUGCUCUUGCGCACCUUCCUGCUCGCGCGCUUUCUGGAAGGGAGCCACGCAGCUGAGAGCAACAGCAGCUGCGAUUCUGCCCUCUCGGUCCACACCCACCUCUUCUAUCCGCUGAGACCCAUCUUCGAGGCCGGGGUGAACCACCCUGCGGGUCUGCUCGUAGUCGGGGAGCUUUUCCUUCUGGUCUUUGUCUUCGCGCUUCUGGCUGGCGUCGAGUCUUGCAGAAUGCGCGCGCGCCUGUCUUUGAAGCUUGGUGCAUUCCACCAACUCCAGAACCUUGCAGCAGCCUUCACUAGCUGCAUGGCGUUCUGCAUAGUCUUCCUGCCAUACUAUCUGCUCAGCGGAGGAGAACUAGAUCGGCGCGUUCAGUAUGUAGAGAUCGUGAUGGGGAGAGCAGGCUUUGGGACUUCGGAGAUAGCACUCUUGUUCUUCUUGAUUGAUUUGGUCGGCCUUACGCUGUAUGUCACCUACUUUGCGCUGCUUGAGGACGGCCCUUCGGUGGGGCUGUGCACGCUUGUGGCGGCGCUGACUGUCCUGGGACCAGCACCGACGCUCGCAGUUUACUGCGCUUAUCGGGAGAAGAAGAUUGCGAAAUCAAUGGUAAUAAGCUGGGACCGGAGGUUUGCGGCAAGGGCAGCUUGA